GAGGAUUUCAAAAUCAAAGAACAUGGCGGAUGUUUUUUGAAUAUUCGUAUUUCACGUGAAAUUUUCCUUAUUUUCAUAUCAAAUAGAACGUGUAAUCGCUGGAAAAACACCAUCGGCGCAAUCUACGACAGUCCAGCUUCAGCAGCAGAGUGAUUUUCCGGGAGCAAGAGCUGCUGGGACAGGAGAAAUCUGCAAUUGAGUAAACAAGUCGCUGGGAAUGCCCCGGGAGAGCUUGAAGGCGCGCCAGGAGGUGCGCGAGGAUGACAUGGAGGUGGACGACGAUGGGGAGCCGCCAGCGUUUGGGCCUGCCGCUCUGGGGCUUCAUCGCGUGGGCACAAAGCUGCCUCCAAAACCGGCGCCCACGCAACCCAUCCAGGUGUUGAACGCCCGCGGCAUGCCGGCGCGCAUCCGGAAGAAGAACCGCCUGUUCUACGACGACAACAUUAUCAACGACAAACCACCGCCGAAGCAAUCCCCGCGGAAGCUGGGCAAGCGCUCGCCCAUUAAGGUCCUCCAGACGCCCAGUCGCAUCAUGAAGCGCGGCCGGAUGAAGCUGAAGUUCCCCGGGAAGCAGAGUCCAUCGUCCGGCAAGGUGCUGGGGCGCAUGCGGGGACAGAUGGGCCGCCCGGUGACCACGCCGUCGCCCACGCAGCCGCUGGACAAGAAGCUGGGCCAGCGCGUCGGCAUGCGCCUGCGGAACCUCCUGAAGCUGCCCAAGGCGCACAAGUUCGUGAGCUACGAGUGGUUCUACAGCACCAUCGACAAGCCGCUGUUCGAGGGGCCAAACGACUUCGAGAUUUGCCUGAAAGAAGCCUUUCCGCAGCUCAUCACGCGCAGCAUGUCGCGCGUGGAGUGGACGCGCAUCCGGCGGAUGAUGGGCAAGCCGCGGCGCUGCUCGCAGGCCUUCUUCGAUGAGGAGCGACGUGAGUUGGAGCGCAAGCGGCAGAAGCUGCGCCUCCUGCAGACGCGUAAGUUGGGCGACGUGUCGUUCGUGAAGGAUCUGCCCAGCAGCGUGCCACUCACGCUGCCCGUGGGCACGACUGUCACGGCGAGACUGCGCAAGCCCCAGGACGGUCUGUUUACGGGAGUCGUGGCUGCUGUGGAUUCGCACCAUCACACGUAUCGCAUCACUUUUGAGCGCCAAGGCUUGGGAACGCAAACAAUUCCGGACUAUGAGCUGAUUUCCAACUCGACACAGGAUACCAUUCCGCUGAGCAGUUUGACGAAGAACUUCCGCCAGAAGGCAAACCUGCCGAAGAAUUUCGUGGCUUCGCCGCUGAAUUGUCUCACGACACUCGGGAAGCACGAUCCGAUGCUGAGUGUGGAUGUGUUCAGUCACCUGAAGAAGCCGCAGAGCCUCAAAUAUCCCACGGACAAGCAAGUGGGCGGUUAUCCGGUGAAGCUGCUGGAGCUGAUGGUGCGCACGAAGAAACUGCUGGCGGCCAAGCAGGUGAAGCUGAAUCGGCUGCAGAGCCUCAACUCCGAGGUGGCGAUUCACAAGAGCUACGAUGAGCCAAUCACGGAGGAGACGCAGAAGAUCUAUGCGAAUCUGGUGGUGUCGCUGGAGAAGAUCAAUCGCAAUGUGCAGGCCAACUUGAAUCAGAUUCAGACGUUCACGCCGCAGAUCUCGAAGCAGCCACAGAUCCUGUCCAUGCUCACGCCGAGCUAUCUGCGCGAGAAGUGCCGCGAGAUGGGCAAUCAGACGGUGCAGACGAACAACCACGGCGGAAUGGUGCGGGAUCCGGAGGUGGUGCGCCUGAUCUCGGACAUGGCGACCAUCAUGUGGGUGGCCUCGAGUCUGUCCAACACGGAGCAGUACACGAAUGUGCUGCGCGUGCUGGAGGGAUGUCUGGAGGAGACAAAGAACCGCCUGAGUCCGGAGAAUGUGGAUGUGUUCCACAAGUGUGUCAUGGUGCACAUCCACCAGAUCAAGAUGGGCCUCGGGCAGCUCGUGGGUCCGUCGUCAUCGUCUGCCCAGAGUACGCCCGCCGCGCCCACGAGGAUUGUGAAGCGGGAGCCCGAGGAGGGAUCAUCGCGAGCGCCGAUGGUGAAGAUCUUCAUCGAGUCGAAGUGAGAAGUGCAAGCAAAGGCUCUUGAGAUUUGCAAAAAAUAGGCUAGUUUCUGCGUUCUUUCUAACAUUAAUUUCCCCUGAUCUUUCGAGUAUGACUUGUCAGUGCUUUGUUUAAUUUUUAUGGAGUAAGAGGAAGAAAAAUUGAAGUGGAAAAUGAUAACUUGACAAGGAAUUUCAUCUAAAUUUGCACUUACUGUCAUUGUACAAUUGUACGUUAAGUCUUUUCAGUUAGAGGAAUUGUAAUAUAUUCCCGAGAGCAGCGUGAAGAAUCAGUUGCAAAUUUAAUGUAUUGGAGUUUAUAUUAAAAUAGAU